AUGGUACGUCGCAUCAAGCGGGAGAUCGCGCUGCUACACCUCCGGGGCCCCGCCGGCGCCUUGGACUUGGUGACGGUAUACUUGCCCACAGGUACACGAGCCAUCUCGGAACGCAUUGCAAUGCUGCAACGCCUCGGCUUGCACCUGCAGGACCGCCAGAAGGUGCCCGCGAUCAUCGCGGGCGUCUUCAACUACGUCGUUGCCGAACGGCACUGCGUCAACAAGGACGCCGGAGCUUUCAGGGGGGACGGGGACCUGCUCGACGAGUCGGCUUUCCAGGAGAAGCCUGCUAUGCAGCAUGGCCUCCAAGACAUGUAUCAGGCGCAUUUUACUUGUGACUCCUCUCAGGCGAGGCCCCGGAUCGACAGGAUCUACACCAACAUGCACUUGGUCGACCAGCUCCACCGGCACUGCUCCAGCGCGGCGUUGCAAUGGUGCGAAAAUCUAUCCUGCCAUCGUCACCUCGCCUUUUCGCGGCGGCGAUCGGCGCGCCGCAGCGGCUCUACCAUCCCGCUCCCGACAGCCCCCAUGGAUGACCCAGACUGGCUUCCCAGAGCCCGGCGGGAGUAUGCCGCCCUCCUCGCUGCGGACCAGCGCGCUAUGCAGCCGCUGGGACGGCUGCUACUUAUGAAGGAGGCUAUGCGGCAGGUUACCACGACGAUGAACGCGAUGUCGCAGGCGGCCGCGGCGGUAACUACAGAGGACAAGUUGGGCUGGGCCAUGUCCUUUUUACGGGCAGCUGACGAAGUGAAUCUACCUAGGACGUCGGCGCGUGCCCAGGCACAUGCACUUUUGGCCGCGCUCGCUGACGCGGGCAAUCCGACCCUCCGCACGUCCAGCGAUACGCGGGUCCUUCGCGAGCACAUCGUCGAGCUCGCCCGCCAGGACAUCACUGACGACCUCGCGGCACUGCAAGCGGACACUUCCACCGAAUACCAGCACCACAAGGCCCGGCCUAAGGAAAACAUUCUCGUGAAGCUUCGCCGACUUCUGCCAGGGACAUGUACCGGGCUCAACGCGAUGGCCGAUGAAGACGGCGCGUCGACUGCAGAUCCAGCCGAGAUCGCGGGGAUUAUGCGCAAACAUUGGGCCGAGGUAUUCUCCAGGAAGACCAUCGACAGGACCCUGUUGUCCAGUUGGUUGGAGGAUACUUUCAGGAGGGGUGAGCGGGGUCGGGUGGCCAGCGGGCUCAGAGACACCAGCUCUCCGAGUUGCCAGGUCCGCCGCAGGGGCGUACAUCGAGCCAUGAAGCUUUCUGGCAAUGGCGCCCCGGGGCCAGGUGGUACCCCCUACAAGGCGUGGAGGAAGGUGGGCGACCUCGGCGUCGAGAUAUUAUUCGAGGCUGUGCUGGACCUCGCAAAGCCGGAUGCUGCCGCCAGGUUGCGAUCGGCCUACGGCGCUGAGGAGCACGACUUUAAUUUGUCGCUGUUGUCCUGCCCCCCCAAGAAGCGGUCCAGAGUGCACGAGGAAUUGGGCGACUAUUGCCUCGCCUCUGCGACCGGGCCCCUGACCAUCGGCAACGCGGACAACCGCCUGGUGGCCAAUGCCGCCCGAUUGCGAUGGGAACCGAUUUUCAAUGAGUGGGUAUCUAAGGUUCAGCGUGGAUUUUUGCGCGGACGUUCCAUGUUGGCCAAUAUUGUCGACAUCGAUUUCGAAGCAAUGCGGAUCAGCCUGACGAGACCUUCCGGGGCGUUGGUUUUCUUCGACUUCAAGGCGGCGUUCCCUAGCGAGGACCGCGAGUACCUAUCGCUUGCGGAUGACAUUGGAGCUGCCUUGGAGGACUUCCUGAAGGACGCGGGCGUGAUGGAUCGCAUUUUCCCAGAGUUUGCUUCGAUUUCGGGGCUGCACCUACUUGGGCUUCUUAGACGGGCCAGGAAAACGGCGAGGUUCGUGGUCGAAGGCGCCCGGUAA